AUGAAGAGGCAAAGUGAUACAUAUUUGGUGGCUCUCAGAGCUAUGGAACAGGCAGAUGCUGCGAACAAGUCCGGUGUUAAAAUUGCUAUUAUUAAUGAAGGAACGUGUUCCAAGGAGACUCUGGACGAGACAAUUAUUGAAGGUGUAGCUGCCGUAGUUGACUGGCUAUUCGAGUAUAAAUGUGCUAAGCGCUGUGCUCGCCUAACACAUGGAGGAGGUUGGUCAGCUACAUUAAAAGUGCUAUCAGAUUCAAAAAGGAUGGACCCAGCUAUUCUGAAUUGUGAGCAGACUACUAAGUACAAUUGCAAGUGGAAUGAAGAUGGACCCCAGCCAAGUUGUGGUUUAUGGUAUAACCAUGAUGUAUUGUAG